AUGGGACGUCUCCUCAAGGGCAAAACUCCCCGUGAUUUUCAAGUUGAGCUUGCGGUUUCGCAAGAACAGCAGCAGGACGCGAUUUGCCAUCCAGCAACUGGUCUAGGCAAGACGUUUGUAGCAGCAGCACCAUUCGCUUUGGAGCACAAUGUCAACACAAAACGGAUCGUGCUUAUUGUGUCGCCGCUAAUUUCAUUGCAAGAGGAGAUGAUAUGUAUAUCUGAAUUGACCACUGUUCAGGUCAAAACUUUCGAAUAUGAGUUCAAUUUGACAGCAAUUGCUGUCAACAGCACACGGGGAGGGCUCAGACGGGAUACACUGCGACAAAUCGUUGAUGGAGUGUAUCGGGUUGUUCUUAUCUCGCCAGAGCUUCUCCUUUCCCGUCGCUUUAGCUCACUUGUCCUCAAAAACUCCUCCUUCAAGUCACGCAUUCAUUCAGUCAUCGUUGAUGAGGCUCAUUGCGUAUCACACUGGGGGGCGAGCUUUCAUAAGGCGUACGCAAGGAUUGGGUCAGUGCGAGUACUUCUACCCAAAUAUACCCCCUUUGUUGCUGUUCAAGCUACCCUAACGCGAAGAGUGCUCCGCGAUCUCAAAGAGAAGCUUCAACUUACACGUCGCUCUGACCUCGUUUUCCUCAAUAUGGGCAAUGAUCGUACCAACGUCUCGCUGGCCGUCCGUGCUAUCCAAAAUGCGAUCAACUCUUUCUUCGACCUCGACUUCACCGUUUCCAGUGAUGCCCAGUCCGCUGAGGAUGUCCCGAAAACCUGGAUUCACACCGAUAACAUUAAGGAGGGUGGUCUUAUCUGCGACUACUUGCGUAGUAAGCGGCUGCGCGAGAUGGGUAUUGAUCCAGCGAUAAUCCGUGAAUAUAGUGCGGCACUCACAUCAGAGUAUCGUACUUCUGCCAUGGAUCAGUUUCGAAGUGGGAAGAUUCGUAUCUUGAUCUGCACCGAUGCAGCAGGAAUGGGGUGCAACAUUCCCGAUAUGGACAUCGUCGUGCAAUGGAGGCUUCCCCAGAAGCUCUCGUCCUUUGUUCAACGUGCUGGUCGUGCUGCUAGAGGACAAGGGAGGGUGGGACUGGCUGUGCUCUUAUGCGAGCCAUUUGUCUAUUCUAUAGACCUUGCUGCUCUUGCGUCCGAGUCGGAGAAGGCGGCAUCGAGGAAAGCAGCACGAUCGCACCUCAUCAAGUCGAAAGCACCCGGUGGGCAUGGCACGGACGAUACAUUGCGGGAGAUGGAUGAGCCAGACGCCAACCCCGAGUCCGUGGACGAAGGACUUAUCCACUUUGCACAGACAACCAAAUGCCGUCGGCGGGUUCUUACGGAAGUCUUUGAUAAUCCUCCCUCAGUGCCUACUGUCGCAUGCUGCGACAUCUGCAACCCCGAGCUCCUUGAUCGAACACGACCAUUGCCCAAGCAGACAAAUGUACGGGCUCCCCGAGUCAAGAAGGGUGAGGUGCAGCCCGAGAUUGUUCAAGCCGUCAAGGCAUGCAUAGACGAUCGGCCACGUCCUCAAGCCGAAGUGGUCACGCUGGGAUCAACACGGGCAAGACCUCACUCAGGUGCUCCUCGACGCGGAUGCAGAGGUGGCUCAAGCCCAGCCAACAGCCUGACCCCACCCCAGUGGUGA